GCAAGAUGCCAUGGAAUCUUUGUCCAGAUGGUGAACAGCCUAUUAUAUACAUCAAUCCGCAAAUUGGCCAAGCAAUAUCAUUUUCAUAUAUAUCAAUUUCCGGAUAUCCGUCAUUUGGCCACGUCCCGUUCCUCAAUGGCACAGUCUAAGAAGAAUUCUUCCCAAUCUUCUCAACCUGGUUCCAAAUGGCACGACGACCCGCCGUAUGCGGUCCAGCCACCAGAGGAAUUUGGCACAGUUUACUGGCGCGCUAGCUGCUGCUGUGGACAAGUUAAAUAUCAGCUGAACAGAAAGAAGCCCCUGGAUGCGAAAUUCUGUCAUUGCGUGGGUUGCCAGAAGUUGCACGGUGCUCCAUUUCAAUGGGCUGCCAUAUUCCACAAAUCUGAUAUCAAUUUCCUAAACGGACCCAGAGGACUAGACUUCUACCAAAGCGGUGAAAACCUUCGCGAGCACAAGCUGCCCUAUCUUGGUGAAGGUCAACUAAAGAGAGACGCAUUGGAUAUUUUUGCCCCGAGUUGUCACAUCUUCUAUUCCCAGAGAGUCAUCAACAUAAAUGACAGAAAGCCCAAAUGGGAGGGACUGAAUGGCUCGAGUAGAAGAAUGGACUCGUGACUGAAUUGCGUAGAUGUGCGGUUUUGCCCGGAAUUGGCUUUUUCUCGGUAACGUGGCGUUUGUUUGUAGCAAUCGAGGCAUUCUAUAUCUAUUGCCACAGUCAUAGAGACUCCAAGAAUCCUAGAGAUGCACGUGGGGUAAG